CUCUCUAAAAUAUUUUUCGCUUCUCUCUCUCUCUCGCUCGCUCGCUCGCUGCUUUCGAUUCUCCCCCAAAAAAUUCCAUCUUUUCUCGUUAUUUUCCUCGGUUUUCGUCGUAUUUUCCUGCUCGAUUCCUCCUCGUCUCCUCUCGCUCUUCACGCCCUAGCAUCACUGCUCCCUUUCUCUCUCUAAGAGCAGCGAUGAACUUAAUUGAAGAAAAUUACAAAGAAGAAUUUCUCAAUCAUAAUGAGAAGUUUAGUGCAGAGACUUAUGAUCAAUCACUCUGUCCAGACUCCCCAAGUACAGAUGGUAUCUCCGGGGAGCCUUUAGUUACUCCUCGUACAGGAGCUCAGUACCAGGUUGGAAUUCCAUCUCUUCUAUCAGAAACAGAGCGUCUUCAGCUGCAGAACACCUCAAGUGAUAAGGUUGACAGGAUAGAUUUAAAUGGCUACGCUGGGAAAGAGUUGGCUGUUCCAGUUUUCUGGGUUAACCAUGUGUCUGGAAUUUCAUUUGAUUAUUUAAGCAAUCCUCAUACUUUGCCUCAAACUGUUACAUGCAAAGUUGAAGUUCCAGAUGGUCAAUUAGAACAUGGCAAACAAUUUGCUUGCUCGUCAAACUUGGAAUGCAGCACUUCAGGUAAAACCAAAGGCUACAUUCCAUUGCCCGAGUCACCAAAAGCCCCAUGGAGUGAUUCUGAAUCACAGAUUUUUCUCCUUGGUCUCUACAUUUUUGGGAAAAACCUUGUUCUGGUACAAAGAUUUGUUGAGAGUAAAGCUAUGGGGGAUGUGCUAUCCUUUUAUUAUGGGAAAUUCUAUAGAUCCGAUGCCCAACGUAGAUGGGUGGAGUGUAGAAAGACCAAAAGCAGAAAGUGCAUACUUGGGCAUCGCAUCUUUACAGGUUGGAGACAACAGGAACUAUUAUCACGCUUGCUUUCUAGCAGAUCGAAGGAAGUCCAGGAGACAUUGAUUGAGGUCACCAAAGCUUUCACCGAUGGAACAGCUUCUCUAGAGGAAUUUAUUUUCAGCCUCAAGGCAAUAGUUGGUGCUGAAGCUCUUGUACAUGCUGUAGGAAUUGGUAAAGGCAAGCAAGACCUCACUGGCAUUGUACUGGAUCAUGUUAGACCAAAUCCAGCUGUCUCUGCUCGUCCUGAAAUCCCUGUAGGCAAAGAUUGUUCCUCUCUUACAUCAGCAGAAAUCGUCAAGUUUCUGACUGGAGAUUUCAGAUUAAGCAAAGCCAAGGCCAAUGAUCUUUUUUGGGAAGCUGUUUGGCCUCGUUUGCUUGCUAGAGGUUGGCACUCUGAGCAGCCGAAAGAUCUCAGUGCUCUUACUUCCAAAAACGCUUUGGUAUUUCUCAUCCCUGGCAUUAAGAAGUUCUCUAGGAAAAAACUAACAAAGGGCAAUCACUAUUUUGAUUCGGUCAGCGACGUACUUAACAAAGUGGCAUCGGAUCCAAGGCUUCUUGAGCUGGAAGCUGAAGAAGGCAAGGAAAGCAAUGGAGUCAAUGAGAGUGCUGCGGACACUAAGGUGGUCCAAAAUGUUCGAUCUGAUCGUCAGCAGUCUUGCUAUCUGCGCCCUAGACUCCCUGAUAAUUGUCACUCAGACUUUAUGAAAUUUACUGUUGUUGAUACUAGCUUGGCUCAAGGGGGAGCAUCGUCUAAGGUGAGAGAAUUACGAAGUUUACCAGCUGAUGCUACCUUUAAUUACCGUUCUAGUCAUCAAGGAGUGACUAAUAGUGAUAGCUCCACUGAUCAAUCAAGCUCAGGUGAUUCAUUUAUAAACAGCUCAGGCGAAUCUGAUCAAACACCUUUAGUUGCCGAUUCGAAGUUAAAGCUGCCCAAAAAUGAGCAUGGUCUUGAAGGCCAAUCUUGUGAACUUUUCAUUGAUAAGUCGUCUAUCAAAGGCAAAAAGUAUCAGUUCAGUCGAAAACUAAAAUCCGGGGAGCAAAAUUCUUCAGCUCCUGGGCCAAAGCGACGGAGGUUAACUUCAUGUAAGUCAGCUGGAGCUUGUUCUAGCUCUAGUUAUGUACCAAGACACAACCAGUUGAAUAACGAAGAGGAACAUAUUCAGCUUGAAUCAGUUGAAAGUAAUAAAUCAACUGCUACAGAAGAUGGAACAUCUCAGGGAGAAAGCAAUGGAGCUGGUCCCUCUAAUGGUAAAUCUCAGCAACGAGCUUUUAUCGAUUUAAACCUGGAUCCUCAGGAUUUAGAUUCUGAAGGACCUUUAGACAUGGGGGUUGAAGGCAAUGAGGAUGAGUUAAAGCCAGAGGAAACUAUUGAGCCAAAGCAAGAAACACAAGAUCCUCUUGCAAAUGAAGCUAAUGUUAUAAAUGGCCAAAGACACAGUGAGGAUGACUUGAAACCAAACGAAACUUUCGAAGAAAAGCAAUAUACUGGAGAUCCUUUGGCAAGUGAAGCGAAUGCUGUACAUGGCCAGCAAAAUGAAACGUUUGAAGCAAAGCAAGAAACUGAAGAUACCCAGGCUAGUGAAGCAAAUGCUAUAAAUUGCAGGAGACACGGUACUAGAAACAGGCCACCCACAACUAGGGCACUAGAAGCCGUUGCGUGUGGAUUCCUUAGUGUGAGGAAGGAGAAGAGCUCGAAGCCCUCUCGGUCUGGGAAUUUGACAUCCAGGUCCUCUCGUAGGGCUCGCAAAAAUCUUGGAGCUCAUCCUAAUCCUAGCCCUAGCUCUAGCACUAGCACUAGCUCUAGGGUUCCAAGUGUUGGAAUAGAGGAGGGGUAUUCUCAAACCACAAACUUAUUCGACAAUUCCCGUGUCAAAACUGAGAGGAAAGAGUCUCACGAACUGCUCGGGGUGCUCUACUAGUCAGGAGGAUUCCAAUCUUCUUCCUUCACAAAGGUUUGAAGAUUCAUCGAUGACUGUUCGCGCGCAAUGUAGCAGUGGUUCAAUUUGAGGUAUCUGGAGGUUCAUCGGGUGGAUCGAAAUGGGCGAGGAGGAACGACUAUUUGACUCAAUAAAUCGCAUGCUGAGCUUGCAGACUGUGGAUAUCAGGGAUCUGUAUCAGCUUUUGUCAAUUUCCAUUCAUAGUUGACUGUGGUAAUGUUCUCUUCUAUUUUCAUUCUAUUGAUAUCAAUCCAUGUAAGGAUUUCCAUAUAUAGUAGUAUGCAGCAAAACUUAUGCUGAUGGUCAUCAAAGAGUUUAAUCUGAGGUGAGUUGCUGAGUUUGUCUCAGCCCUUGGAGGUUUAUAUUCA